GUGUGAUGAUGAGUGGGUCGCCUGCAGCACUUUAAAGCUCUGCACCUGUCGGAUGUUAAUGGGAAAUAAUCGGCAAGUUUGAGAAGAGAGAGAGAGAGAGAGAGAGAUGAUGGUGAUGGUGAUGGUGAGGAUCAGCACGCUGGACAGCGCUCGUGGAAGUUGGAGAAGCGCACGGACGCAUGGAGGAUUUUAAUUGAAACAUCAUUUUGGGGUUGAAACUGCAGCAGGAGGAUUUUAAUUGAUCAUUUUUUGUGUGUGAAACUGCAUCAGGAGGUGAGAUGAGCGACCAUGGUUGAUUAUAAGUGCUUUUUAUGACCAACAACAGGCUUGUCAUCCUCUCUGAAGUGAGACAUGGACUUUGCUGAAACCAUCUUCGCUCUGUUCAUCAUCGUGGUCGCAAUCGUCUCCUUGUUGUCCAACUUGUUGGUGCUGCUAUGCUUCAUCCACAGCACCGAGAUCCGCAGACAGGUGCCCGGCGUCUUCACCAUGAACUUGUCCUUCUGCAACAUCCUCAUCACCGUCCUGAACAUGCCGGCCACUCUGUUUGGGAUCAUCAGAGACCAGCAGCCCUUUGCGGACUGCGUGUGCCACACGGUGAGCUUCCUGGAGACCUUCCUGACAGCCAACACCAUGUUGAGUAUGGCUGCUCUGAGCAUCGACCGCUGGAUCGCUGUGGUUUUCCCUCUCAGCUACUCCACCAAGAUGCGCUACAAGGACGCGCUGAUCAUGGUGUGCUACUCGUGGCUCCACUCCUUCACCUUCUCGCUGACGGCGCUGCUCUUCUCCUGGGUGGACUACAGCCAGGUGUACGCGUCCUGCACACUGCAGCCGAGCGGGGAGGCAGGAGACCGGAUUAGGUUCACCGUGUUCACCGUGGUGUUCCACAGCACCAGCUUCAUGCUCUCUCUGCUCACCUUGUGCUUCACCUACCUGAAGGUGCUCAAAGUGGCCAGGUUCCACUGCAAGAGGAUUGAUAUUAUCACCAUGCAGACUCUUUUCCUGCUGGUCGACAUUCAUCCAAGCGUGAAACAAAGAUGUUUAGCAGAGCAAAAGAGGAGAAAGCAGAGAGCCACAAAGAAGAUCAGCAUCUUCAUCGGCUCGUUCAUCAUCUGCUUUGCUCCUUAUGUUAUCACAAGGUUGGCCGAGCUUCUACCCUUCGUGGACAUCAACCGCCACUGGGGAAUCAUCAGUAAGUGCCUAACAUACAGCAAGGCUGCAUCCGACCCCUUUGCCUACUCCCUCCUACGUCAGCAGUACAAGAAAGUCCUGGUUACUGUCGUCAACAGGCUCCUCCGCCGUGACCUAUACCCCUCGUCUGGCCAUAACAGCUCUUUAGACACGGAGAACGACUACUGUCUCCAGAGGAUCAGCUAAUGGCAAACGCGCGGACAUGGGCAGAUACACACCACGGGCCAAAAAUAAAGGUUGCCUCUUGGAAGGAGGUGGGAGGAGGAAAAGAAUGAGACAGAGCGGACAGGAUAUUGUUAUGAAGGGAACAGAUUGUGGGUGGGGGGCGAAGAGAGAGCAAAAAUAAGAAAGAUAGUGGGUGGAGGAAAACGAGAAGACAGUAAUGAGGGGGAGGAUGAAGGGGUGAAGGAGAAGACGGACAGGGAGCGACGGGGACGAGGUGGAGACGUUGGCCUCAGACAGUAUCGGUAAACAGGAGAUCUGUGAUUCAUCGGCGACGGCAAAACACACACGACCACGCAGAUGCACACAUGGAUCAGACAAAUCAAUUUUAUCGAAUAAGUCCUGGGUUCAGAUUAAUCUCAAACUGAGGGACCACACAGCUGGACGCCGGCCCCCUCUUCUCUCUGAGCGACAUGUAUAAAGUGGCCUUUUGUACUGUACCGACCACUUUGUAAUGAUUUCGGCAAAUCCACAUGUCGUGACCUUUUCCUCUGCCACGAAAUGCAGCGACAGAGCUAAAAGCUGAUGGUCGAUAGGUGCUGGAGCGACGAUGUGAAAAGAAGGAGAGACAUUGUUGCUCCUGCUUCUGGAUUAAUGUACUUUUAAGGUGUGGAGACUCAACUUGCUGCACAUUAUUGCCAUGUUCUGUAUUGACCUUGUUAGACUACUUUGUCAGUCACUGAAUAUUGAUGCACUUUGUCUAAUUCUCUCAGAGCUACUAUAGUUACAGGAGCCAAAGGCAAAUAACAUUUACACCAUGAUAUUAAAAGAUAAGACAGGUGGUGUUCUAUAUUUUUGUUAUUGUCAACGAGUACGAUGAGAAGACCAAAAUCAACAAUGUGUAUCAACAAGAUUUUGUUUUUUACAUAUUGCCAUAAUUUUGCCUCCUCCAACCAGUCAAGUUGCAGUUUACAUCCAUGUCCGUUCAAAAUGUCAUAAUUUUAGCCCAUAACAUUUGUGUGAAAUUAUCAUAAUGAAUUCUUGAGUUAUGGCCAAAAACAUGUUUUGUGAGGUCACAGUGACCUUUAACCUUUGACCACCAAAAUCAAAUUAGUUC